CCCUCCCUCUAUCUCACUCACAUACACCUUUCUGGUCAUCUUACUCUCCUCCAUUCACUCCAUGUGGCCAAACCACUUUAAGGUCUGUCGCUUCACUUCUUCCACCACUCCACACUUCUUCCCUUCACCCCUGUGACACAUUCCAAAAUGCUCGUACACACUUUCAUUACUCAUUCCAUCCAUUCUACUCACACCACAAGCACUCCUCAAAUAACUCAUUUCCACUGCCUGCACUCUAGACCUCUGACUUUCAUUCCAGGCCCAUGUUUCACUUGCAUAUGUGAGGGUUGGUACUAUUAUUGUAUUUCUCAAAUCCCCCUUUACUUCCAUGCUCACACUUCUGCCAUUCAUGAUUCAUCCCAAAGACCCUACCACCCUUCUUCCUUGCAAUGCCCUUUCUCUUAUCUCUCCCUCCAUACCACCAUGCUUACGCAUAACUGAUCCAAGAGCUCUCACGGGCAUGUCUACCCUCGACCACGACCACGGACCCUAGGCUGCCGGUGUGUGGAGGAAAAGAGAACAAGGAAAGAACGAGGACAACAACAACACACUCAGCUUCCGCAAAGGUUGGGGCCGCCUCACCUGCAGGGCUGGACAGCAGCAUGAGUGGCCAGGACAAGCAGGAGCAGACUGCUGCAGGGGGCAGGAGGGUCAGUGGUCACCAGAUGAAGCAACUGGCUGCUGGCAACUCCAGCAACAAAGGAGAGAGGAAGUUUGUGUGUCUGGAGUGUGGAAAAGAAUUAAUCACAAGGGGAGGCCUCAGAUAUCACACCCUUACACACACUGGUGUGAAGAAGUAUGAAUGUAAGGAAUGUGGGAAACAAUUCAUCCAGAAGAGUACCCUUGAUACACACACCCUUUCACACACUGGUGUGAAGAACUAUGAAUGUAAGGAAUGUGGGAAACUAUUCAUCCAGAAGAGUCAACUUGAUACACACACCCUUACACACACUGGUGUGAAGAACUAUGAAUGUAAGGAAUGUGGGAAAAAAUUCAACCGGAAGGGUAGCCUUGAUACACACACCCUUACACACACUGGUGUGAAGAACUAUGAAUGUAAGGAAUGUGGGAAAAAAUUCAACCGGAAGGGUAGCCUUGAUACACACACCCUUACACACACUGGUGUGAAGAACUAUGAAUGUAAGGAAUGUGGGAAACUAUUCACCCUGAAGAGUCACCUUGAUACACACACCCUUACACACACUGGUGUGAAGAACUAUGAAUGUAAGGAAUGUGGGAAAAAAUUCAUCCGGAAGAGUGACCUUGAUAGACACACCCUUACACACACUGGUGUGAAGAACUAUGAAUGUAAGGAAUGUGGGAAAAAAUUCAUCCAGAAGAGUACCCUUGAUAGACACACCCUUACACACACUGGUGUGAAGAACUAUGAAUGUAAGGAAUGUGGGAAAAAAUUCACCCUGAAGGGUCACCUUGAUACACACACCCUUACACACACUGGUGUGAAGAACAAUGAAUGUAAGGAAUGUGGGAAAAAAUUCACCCUGAAGGGUCACCUUGAUACACACACCCUUACACACACUGGUGUGAAGAACUAUGAAUGUAAGGAAUGUGGGAAAAAAUUCAUCCAGAAGAGUACCCUUGAUAGACACACCCUUACACACACUGGUGUGAAGAACUAUGAAUGUAAGGAAUGUGGGAAAAAAUUCAUCCGGAAGAGUCACCUUGAUACACACACCCUUACACACACUGGUGUAAAAAGUCAUGAGUGUGAAGAGUGCGGGAAGAGGUUCAGUGUGAAGCAGGCACUCAAUCGACAUGUCUUCAGGCACUAUGGCCUUAGAGAGUUCAAGUGUGAUGUUUGUGGAAAGCUCUUUAAGACAAAGAGAGACAUUGCCAAGCACAUGAAGAUCCACUUCUGAAGUGUGUCUGCCUACAGUAGUUAUAGUGACCAAGAAGGACAAGCAGGACCCGGACGGUGACAUCAUUAUGAGGCUUGAGUACGGUCUCCUGAACUCCUCGUCCCUGAAGCUGAUUGGUUUUGUUCCCAGCUGUCCCAUGAAGGUCUCAGGCAGCAGCCAUCCCUCAUGAUGAUGCAGCUCCCCUCAGCCUACCGGGCGGCCGCUGGUGCUGGGAACACACCCACGCCUCCCCCAACCCAGCUGCAAGGGGAACUUGCUGAGAGUGCAACGAUGGCAGCCUAUAGACACCUUCACAGAGCGACUCACUGGGAGAGAGGAGAGAGGUGGCCACCAGGAGGCAGACCUGUAUAUUGAAGACCCGUGGGGAUCCCUUUGUACUCCAGAGAGGCGUUCAUGCAUCACAGCCCCAGAAAUGAACACAGCUUUUAUUGUAGAAUAUAAUUAAAAUCCUAUGUUGUAUAU